AUGUAGUAACAUGUCUUCAAGACAGAUAUGAUUCAAUUCUUGGAUUCUUUUCUGCUAAUUUAUCAAUUAGUUACUUAAAUCGCAUAUUCAUUUCAUUACUGAUGACAUAAUUGUUAUGCUAUACUAAUAACACGGACGUUGUUACGUAAUACAUUCUAAAAUACUAAUCGGUGACAAUCAUUAUAUAAAAACCAUGACACGACAUGAACUCUUCGGUAUUCUGUAUUAUAAUUUGAGCAACAGGAGUGUGAAAGGUUAAUUGAAGAAACUGACAGGUGGAGACUGUACCAGUUUUGUCAGGAAGGAACAAUAGGAACAUGAUUGAUCCUGUAUAUUACGAUGGUGGUUUAUUCAAGUUUAUUCCAUUUGAUAAUAAUACUUGGAUAAUUGAAUUAUUAAAACAAAGUGUUGAAAAGAAAGAAACUCAAUUAAUUAUCAGUGUAUGCAUAAUAAGCUGUUUACUAUGUUUAAUUACAAUAUAAAAAUAAUAUUUAUACAUGAUGAUAAUAACAAUGUUACUUAUAAAAAGUCAGUAGAUAACAAAUAUUGUAAUGCAUUGAAGCUAACUUCAUCUUCAUACCAUAAAACAUAUAUGUGUUUUAACAGUUCACAUCUUGAUAAUACAUCAGUCUUCAAUGAUCAAUUCAUGAAACGAGACAACAAUCAACAAUAUAUUAAAAUACAACAUGACAAAUUAAAAGUGAGUAAAGUUUUACCAAUUACAGAAUCAUUAAAGAUCAAACAUUUAAACAAAUAUAAUAUCCAACCAGUUCAAUUCAUUGAUCAUAUUCAAUGUAAUAAUGAUCAUUUGGAAAAUAAUCAAAAUUAUGAAUGGUAUAUAGUAGAUUUAUUUAAAUUUCAUAGAAACUUAUUAUACCGUUUAUUCAUAUACUCAAUAAUUGUUAUCAUCUGUUUUCUAAUUUGUCUAUAUAGUUUUAUUAUAUCUUUUCAACAUAAACAAAAUUUAAUGCAACAAAUGAAUAAUUUACCAUCAAAAUUGAAAUUAAUCUUAUUAGAAAUAGAACAAUUCAGUCAUUAUACUAUAGAUAUAACUUAUAAUUUAACUACAAUUCAUAUUCAUAAUGAUCUAUUACAAAGUUCAUCAACUAAUAGUUUAUUAAAUCAAUUUAUUCAAUGUAUAAAACAAUUUAUUGCCAAAAUUAUUACUUGUUUAGCUACUACUAAUUUAUGCUAUACAAGAAAUAAUUCUUCAUUGAACAUGUAUUCAUUGACAACAUUUGAAUUAAACCAAAAUAAUCUAUCAUUCAUACAAUUAGAAAAGAUUAAUAAAGAAUCAAAUAUGAUAUUGAAUAAUUUUGAUUUAGUUUACAUCGUUAUAUAAAUUUAAAUAAUGUUGCUAGAUUAUUGAAUUCUGAAGUAAUUAGAAAAAU